AUGGCUGCUCCAUUCCGCGUUUUGAGGUUUCCUCGUAGCGACGACAAAUCCGCAUUUGUUCUCUUGCAGGUGACGUCCAAAGGUUCGAAGCGGUUGGACCUCAAGUUGGUGGGAACCGAGGGGGAGGAACCAUAUGUCGCAUCAUUGAAACAUGAUAGGGUCGUGUCUCUGCGUGUCAAGAACUGUCCUGCUUCGGAGAGCGAAUGGCAACAGAUUCUUGAAGACUUGUUUCAACAGGAACCCCUUCCUGAUAUCCAGGCCACAGCCACGGUUCAAAGCCAAAAAUCUAUCUCGAUUACCAUUCGUAAAGAGAUACAGGGCAUCACUCAACGCUUGGGCGCAAUCACCCUAAACCAUGAUGCAGAUGAGGCCAUUGAGCUAUUCGAGUGGUGCGGUGCAGCUGUUGAGACCUCUACCACUAGUAAACAGACUGUGGCCGACCUGUCCGUCAAAUCAUCUGAAGCGGAGACGGCCGUGACUCAACUCCAGUCUCAGUUGGAAGAAUUGAUCAAAGCAAAGGAUGAAGAUGAGACCGCUCUGUUGAGAAAGUUCCGGGAUCUCCUGAAUGAGAAGAAGAUCAAGAUUCGUGAGCAGCAACAAGCAUUGGCACUGCUAUCGAUCAAUCCUAGUAUGGCGGGCCAGUCACAACCUUCCCAGGCUGUCGAGGUCGAGGUCGAACAGCCAAAGUCAAGGAAGCCUGCUCGCCAAGCUGCCAAGUCGAGAGCUUCGAAAAGAAAAGCGCCUGCGUCAAGGAGAAUGGAAGAGUCAGAUGACGAUGCUGCUGUUGACACGAUGGAUGUUGACGUGAAACAAGAAGCCGAAGAUACGGACCCUGGAAACACGACAGAAGCAACGGCAUCUGUCGACAGCGAUGAAGAUAACAACGCAGCCGGUGACGACGACGGUGUUCAUUUGAGUUCCUCACAACAGAAUGACGCCCUGGCAUCAAAAAAGACUCCUCCUAAGGAAGUCGAUGAGCCUCCACCACCUAGAGCCCUUCCAUUUACCGCAAAGAAACCUGCAAGGCCUACACCGGCACCGGCAGCAGGGAGUGAAACUGAGUCAGAUGACGAGCUAUGA